CCAAGAAGUCCAGAGGACGACUUCCAGUCAGUGGUGUCAGAGCAGGAACCAGGUUUGUCCUGAUUCUCUCUCAGCCUGACUGAAGAUGAUUGAUGUGGGUGAAGAGGAGGACAGAGCAGAGCCUGUGGACAGGGACAAGACGUCAGCUGCUCCUGCAGAGUCCAGGAGGAGAUACAAAACAGAGUCUUCAGGAUUCGGCAAAUUGUCUCUGAAGAGUGACUGGUCCAAAGAUGAUCCACCAAAAUUCAGUGUUGAACCUGGACCUUCAGACACAAAUGUCCACAGAGAGAAGAAGAGCAGUGAUGUCUGUGAGGAGCAGCAGGACCAGGGUUCUUCAUCAGGACUGCAGCAGCUUCUAGAAGAACAUAAGAAGAGUCUGAGGAGGAGAUGUGAACGUGUGACUGAAGGAAGUGAUGAACCAGGAGGAGGAAGCCUCCUCAACAGGAUCUACACUGAGCUCCACAUCACAGAGGGACUCAGUGAGGAGCUUCAGAGGGAACCUGAGCUGAAGCAGCUGGAGACAGCUUCCAGGAAGGAGAGCCUCCAUCACACUGCCAUCAGGGUUCAGGACAUCUUCAAAGCCUCGGCCCAGCAGCUCAGACACAUCCGAGUGGUUGUGACCAGCGGCGUGGCCGGCAGCGGAAAAACCUUCUCGGUGCACAAGUUCACUCUGGACUGGGCCGAGGGCCUGGAGAACCAGGAUGUCAGUGUGCUGGUUGUUCUCUCCUUCAGGGAGCUGAACCUGAUCAGAGAGCGGCCGUACAGUCUUCUCACGCUGCUCCAUGUUUUCCAUCCGGCGCUCCAGAAGCUGACGGCAGAGGAGCUGUCUGUCUGCAAGCUGCUGUUCAUCUUUGACGGUCUGGAUGAAAGCAGACUUUCUCUGGACUUCAGCAGCAAACGGCGGCUGGUUGACGUCUCCCAGCAGUCUUCAGUCAGCCUGCUGCUCACUAACCUCAUCCGGGGGGAUCUGCUGCCCUCGGCUCGGGUCUGGAUCACUUCCAGACCUGCAGCAACCAAUCAGAUCCCUCCAUCAUGUGUGGACAGACUGACAGAAGUGCGAGGCUUCACUGACGCCCAGAAGGAGGAGUACUUCAGGAGGAGGCUGAGUGACGAGGAGCUGAGCAGCAGAAUCAUCUCCCACAUCCAGACCUCCAGGAGCCUCCACAUCAUGUGUGGAAUCCCAGUCUUCUGCUGGAUCACUGCUACAGUUCUGGAGCACAUGUUGAGCAGCGAGCAGAGAGGAGAGCUGCCCCAGACCCUGACUGACAUGUACUCCCACUUUGUGCUGGUUCAGACACACAGGAAGAAGCUCAAGUACCAUGAAGGACCUGAGACGGGUCCACAGGAGCUGACGGAGGCUGACAGGGAGCUUCUUCUGAAGCUGGGCAGGAUGGCCUUGGAACAUCUGGAGAAAGGAAACAUCCUGUUCUACCAAGAAGACCUGGAGCAGUGUGGUCUGGAUGUGACUGAGGCCUCGCUGUUCUCUGGAGUUUGUAAUCAGGUCUUCAAGAGAGAGUCUGUGAUCUUCCAGAAAGCCGUCUACAGCUUCGUCCAUCUGAGUGUUCAGGAGUUUCUGGCUGCAGUCUUCAUGUUCCACUGUUUCACCAACAGGAAGACAGACCAACUGAAGACCUUUCUGAGAAAAAAAAAGAGUUUACAUGAUAAAGUGUUAAAGUUAUUUGAAUUUAAUUAUUCUUUCCCAUCUCUGAAUAAGUUCCUGAAGAAAGUCCUGCAGAAAUCCCUCAGAAGUCAGAACGGCCACCUGGACCUGUUUGUCCGCUUCCUUCAUGGCCUCUCUCUGGAAUCCAACCAGAGACUCUUAGAAGGUCUGCUGGGUCGGACAGAGAUCAGUCCAGAAACCAUCCAGAGAGUCAUCCAGAACCUGAAGGAGAUCAACAGUGAUAAAAUGUCUCCUGACAGAAGCAUCAACAUCUUCCACUGUCUGAUGGAGAUGAAGGACCUCUCAGUAUAUCAGGACAUCCAGGACUUCCUGAAUUCAAAGAAAAGAUUCGACAAACUCUCUGAGAUCCACUGCUCAGCUCUGGCCUACAUGCUGCAGAUGUCAGAUGAAGUCCUGGAGGAGUUUCACCUGAAUCACUACAACACAUCAGAUGAGGGACGGCGGAGACUGAUGCCAGCUGUGAGGAACUGCAGGAAGGCUGUGUGA